AUGCCAAUAAACACAUUAGGCAAAAACCUCAACUUAUGUCUCUCCUUAAUCAAACGCCCCCAACCCCAAUUCACCCUUUCCCCACAACACCCCUCAAACAACCACCACCACCACCCCAACCACCACUACUACCACCACCAACAACAACAACAAUAUAAUAAUAACUACAACACCCUCUACGAAGACGACUUCAUCCCACUACCUCUCAUCACCACCACCACCUCUCCGUCCUCCGCCUCCACCGACUACAUGGAGACGGAGGACGACAUAUCGCCGGAAAUGGGUCCCACCACCCCAGACCUCACCGCCGCCUACGCCUCUCGACGGUUCUUCAUCUCCUCCCCAGGCCGAUCCAACUCCAUCGUCGACUCCCUCUCCGUCUCCCUCUCCUCCUCCUCCAACUUACUCCUCUCCCCGCCGCCGGCGGAGGAGUCGGCAUCCUCAUCCUCCCCUCCUCCGCCUACGGCGGCGGGAGAGGUGUCCGUGGCCGGGGGAGUACCCGUACAGACGUACUCCCCCGACCCGUACAUGGACUUCAGGCAGUCCAUGCAAGAGAUGGUGGAAUCACGUGAGUUGGGGAAUGUAGAGGUGAAAGAAGCAUGGGAAUAUUUACAAGAGUUACUAUUGAGUUACUUGGCGCUGAAUCCAAAGAACACACACAAGUACAUUGUUGGUGCUUUUACUGAUCUCGUUAUUAAUCUUAUGUCUCCUCCACCUAAUCAUCAUAUUAACACUACUAAUCAUGCCACUAAUCAUAAUCAUAAUCAUGCUUCUUCUUUGUCUUCUUCAUCCUUCUCUUCCAAUGGUGGUGGUGGUGGUGGUGGUGGUGGUGGGUAUGUAUUAUCAUAA